CUUCCUCUAGUGAAUGGUGUGCAUCCUUGUGCCCAUUUUCCUGAAAGGAAAACUGAGAGCCUGUGAAAAGAAGCACUGCCUGAUAAAUAAGAUCCUGUUGUGUACUAGGAAGUCACAACCUAACUGGAUGGAGAUCGUGAACAAAAAGCUGAAGUUCCCACCUCCACUCCUGGGUGCCAUCCAUGGGGGGCAGCUGGGCCUCGUGCAGCAGCUACUGGAAUCAGGGGUGGACGCCCCAGGCGGUGGGCCAGGAGGACCCCUGCGGAAUGUGGAGGAGGCUGAGGACCGCUCCUGGAGGGAAGCUCUCAACCUGGCCAUCCGCCUGGGCCACGAGGCCAUCGCUGACGUGCUGUUGGCCAAUGUCAAGUUUGACUUCCGGCAGAUCCACGAGGCACUGCUAGUAGCAGUGGACACAAACCAGCCAGCAGUGGUGCGUCGCCUGCUGGCCCGGCUGGAACGAGAGAAAGGUCGCAAAGUGGACACCAGGUCUUUCUCCCUGGCUUUCUUUGACUCAUCCAUUGAUGGCUCCCGCUUUGCACCUGGUGUUACACCACUCACCCUGGCCUGCCAGAAGGACCUGUAUGAAGUAGCACAGCUGCUCAUGGACCAAGGCCACACCAUUGCGUGGCCCCACCCCGUGUCCUGUGCCUGCCUGGAGUGCAGCAAUGCCCGUCGCUAUGACCUACUGAAGUUCUCCCUGUCCCGCAUCAACACCUACCGCGGCAUUGCCAGCAGGGCCCACCUCUCGCUGGCCAGUGAGGACGCCAUGCUGGCAGCCUUCCAGCUAAGCCGGGAGCUCAGGGGCCUUGCACGCAAGGAGCCUGAGUUUAAGCCCGAGUAUAUUGCCCUGGAGUCACUGAGCCAGGAUUACAGCUUUGAACUGCUGGGUAUGUGCCGGAACCAGAGCGAGGUCACAGCGGUGCUCAAUGACCUGGAUGAGGAGAGCGAGGCAGACCUUGAGGCUGAGGGCCUGGCCCAGGCCUUUGAGGAAGGCAUCCCAAACCUGGCGAGGCUGCGACUGGCCAUCAACUACAACCAGAAGCGGUUUGUGGCACACCCCAUCUGUCAGCAAGUCCUGUCCUCCAUCUGGUGUGGAAACCUGGCUGGCUGGCGUGGGAGCACCACCAUCUGGAAGCUCUUUGUUGCCUUCCUCAUCUUCCUCACCAUGCCCUUCCUCUGCCUCGGCUACUGGCUGGCACCCAAGUCCCGGCUGGGCCACCUGCUAAAGAUCCCAGUGCUGAAGUUCCUGCUGCACUCCGCUUCCUACCUGUGGUUCCUCAUUUUCCUGCUGGGAGAGUCCCUGGUCAUGGAGACACAGCUGAGUACCUUCCGUGGCCGCAGCCAGAGCAUCUGGGAGACUUCACUGCACAUGAUUUGGGUCACAGGCUUCCUAUGGUUUGAGUGUAAGGAAGUGUGGAUAGAGGGCCUGCGCAGUUACCUCCUGGACUGGUGGAACUUCCUGGAUGUGGUCAUCCUGUCCCUGUACCUGGCGGCCUUUGCACUGCGCCUUCUCCUGGCUGGGCUUGCCCACAUGCAUUGCCGGGAUGUCCCCAGCGGGGCUGCCUGCCACUAUUUCACUUCAGCUGAGAGAAGUGAGUGGCGCACAGAGGACCCCCAAUUCUUGGCCGAGGUGCUCUUUGCCGUCACCAGCAUGCUCAGCUUCACCCGCCUGGCAUACAUCCUGCCGGCCCACGAGUCGCUCGGCACCCUGCAGAUUUCCAUUGGCAGGAUGAUUGACGACAUGAUGCGGUUCAUGUUCAUCCUCAUGAUCAUCCUGACUGCCUUCCUCUGUGGCCUCAAUAACAUCUAUGUGCCCUACCAGGAGACAGAGCGGCUGGGCAAUUUCAACGAGACAUUCCAGUUUCUGUUCUGGACCAUGUUUGGCAUGGAAGAGCACAGCGUGGUAGACAUGCCUCAGUUUCUCGUGCCUGAAUUUGUGGGCCAGGCCCUCUAUGGUAUCUUUACCAUCGUCAUGGUCAUUGUGCUGCUCAACAUGCUCAUUGCCAUGAUCACCAACUCCUUCCAGAAGAUUGAGGACGAUGCCGAUGUGGAAUGGAAGUUCGCGCGUUCCAAGCUCUACCUGUCCUACUUCCGAGAGGGCCUCACCCUGCCUGUGCCCUUCAACAUCCUGCCCUCCCCCAAGGCCAUCUUCUACCUUCUCAGGAGAAUUUUCCAGUUUAUUUGCUGUUGCUGCUCCUGCUGCAAAACCAGGAAGCCAGACUAUCCCCCAAUCCCCACCUUCGCCAACCCUGCGGCAGGGGCAGGGCCAGCGCCUAGGGACAGAGAACGUGGAUCCUACCGCCUUCGAGUCAUCAAGGCCCUGGUGCAGCGCUACAUAGAGACUGCCCGGCGGGACUUCGAGGAGACCCGUCGGAAAGACCUGGGCAACAGGCUGACGGAGCUGACCAAGACUGUCUCUCGGCUGCAAAGCGAGGUAGCGGGUGUGCAGCGGACUCUGGCGGAGGGAGGGACGCGCCAGCCCCCUGAAGGUGCCAGCAUCCUCAGCCGUUAUAUCACCCGAGUACGCAACAGUUUCCAGAACCUGGCGCCCCCUAUCCCUGAGACCCCAGAGCUGACAGUGCCAGGGAUUGUGGGGACCCAGUUAUCUUCAGAAACUGGGCCUCAGGAUGCUGCAGGAGCUGGGCCUCCAAGACCUGGAGAGUCUGGUCCAUCCUCCCCAGCCCAUGUGCUAGUGCAUAGACAGCAGGACUCAAAGGGCGCUGGGGACCUGCCCCAGGAGGAAGAUAUGGGAACCAAGGAGGGGUCCUGCUGCAGCGAGAGGGCUCCUUCUCCCGUUGCUGAGUAG